GAGGAGGACAGGCAGGAGUCCCAGCGGUAGAAAAGGACCGGAAAACCACGUGGAGGGGAAAAGGGAAUCCUCCUUAGGUGGUAGAAGCUUACAGGGAGCAAGGAGAGAGGUGCUGCUGGAAGGGACAAGACCAUCCCAAGGUCCCGCCCACACACCCAGCCCGAUGCCCACGAGUUUCGUCGGGAGUGCCCUGAGGGGCACUUUCUUCCUCAUCUUUGGGCUCUGGUGGUCCGUGAGGUACCCCCUGAAGUACCUGAGGAGGAAAGGGGAUGCUGAGGGCCAGCCAAGCUCCGGGACCCAGCGUGCAGAGAUCUUCGAGGGGGCUGUCAAAGCUCUCUUUGCUCUAGUAGGGAUUUUGGUGGAGCAGUUUGUCCCCACCGGUCCCCACCUGAAGCUGUACAGCCCCGAGACACACAGCUGGACAGACCUCACCCACUGGCACUACUCCACCAUCUACCUGUUCUUCCUGCUCUCUGGAAUCAUGGACAUGGUCUCGCAGUCCAGGCUGAAGCUGCCACCCGGCCUGGACCGGCUCUCGCUGUCCCUGGCUCUGCUCAUCGAAGGUUUGCUCUUCUGUUUCCGUGACUACGGCGAUGCCGCGCUGGAUCGCCACCUCCACUCCCUGCUGGCCAUGGCCAUCCUUGCUGGAGCCCUCUGUGCCCUCCUGGAGGUGUUCCUGCGAGACCACAUCAUCCUGGAGACCCUCAGGACCAGCUCCUUCCUCCUGCAGGGCUCUUGGCUUUGGCAGAUUGGGUUUGUGCUGUCCCCUCCCUGGGGAGGACCAGGCUGGGAUCAGAGUGAUCCCAGCAACCUGACCUUCCUCACCAUGUGCUUCUGCUGGCACUGCCUGGGCGCUGUCGCCGUCGUGGGCGCCAACUCGGCUGCAUCCCGCUGCUGCAACGAGUCGUGCCAGCUGCGGUUCGGGGACAUCGACGUGGAGCUGGACUGCGGGCUGUGCCUGCGCACCAAGGGCUCCCGCGGGGCUCUGCUGCCCGAGAGCGGCUCCGACGACAAAUGAGCCCCUGGCACGACGAAAGUUUCCUCCCUGCUGGCUUAGGGCUCUUGAGACGAGGUUUUUAAUUAGUCCUGGUGAACUGCAGCGGCACUGAAGGAGGAGCAUCACAAGUGGGAGGUGGGACC